AUGUUUGCCUACAGGCUGAACCCACGCCGACAAUGGCGAAGCCCGCUAUUGACCAGCUUUGUAAUAAUCUAUCUUCUACUUUUCUACUUUAUAUCUUUCGGCAUAGUGUCAGGCGAGCUAGUCAACUCCCAAGAGCACCACCUGAGAAAGAGAACUGAGCCGCUGACGUGGGCUCAAGCCAUACAAAAGGGCAAUGCGCUGUAUUGCUCGAUGAGCAACACCGUCGAGGGCGCACAACAAUAUAUCAACACCUUUAAGCCUGGAACCCCCAUGUCAAGCACCUGGACGGACUUUGCCUCUUUUAACACAUGGGGUUGGCUCCUUACUAAGCGAUAUACAGAACCGACCUACGGGGAAACGUUGAAUGGCUUUAUCAGUAAUGACCUGAGCCUAAAUUCGGCCAAUGGGGUACCCAUAGAACAUGUACAGUCGGCCGAAGUAGUGGCAAAUGGCGUUAAGUACAAACAUAGCGAUGGUAUGUAUGCGAAUGUCUACUACCAUACCGAAGGCUUGGUUAUUGUAGAUGAGAAUUAUGGUCCCGGUUGGAGCUGUCCUCCAGGAUCCAGGGGUGGAUCCCCAUAUGUCUUACUAUCGCAGUGGUCCGAUAUUGUCUAG